UUGUCGUCUUCACAAUCACACAGUGAUCUUAUCAGACCUCAGGUUACUGUCACCAUACCGGUUUAAGGCGGAGAACUAGUCGUGCACAGAGAAGUGAAAUGAGUGCAGUCGUGUUAUUGAACAAACUGAAGCCAGCCGUGAGUGUCACACUCCGGUCAUGGAGCACCAGAAUCUCUCACAUUCAUCCAAGUCCCCGCCGAUUCUACAGUGGACUGCUGUUCAGACAGUUGUUUGAAGCUGAAAGCAGCACAUACACAUACCUGCUGGCCGAUACAGACACCAGAGAGGCCGUACUCAUCGAUCCUGUACUAGAAACAGUGGACAGAGACCUGAAGCUCAUCAAUGAACUGGGCCUUAAACUUACAGUGGCCGCGAAUACUCACUGUCAUGCGGAUCACAUCACUGGCACUGGACGGCUGAAGAAGAAUGUGUUUGGAUUGAAGAGUGCCAUUUCCAAACACAGCGGAGCCAAUGCAGACAUACUGCUCUCUGACGGAGACCAAAUCAUUUUCGGAAAACAUUGUCUGAUGGUGCGCGAGACCCCGGGACACACAGAUGGAUGUGUGACGUACAUCACUGGAGAUCUAUGUAUGGCGUUCACUGGUGAUGCACUCCUCAUACGGGGCUGCGGGCGGACAGACUUUCAGCAAGGGUGUCCAAAGAGACUGUACGAGUCUGUUCAUAAGAGGAUUUUCACGCUACCUGGACAUUGUUUCAUCUAUCCCGCACAUGACUACAAGGGUCAGACAGUGUCCACUGUUGAUGAAGAGAGGAAAUUCAACCCUCGUCUGACCAAAACAAUGGAUGAGUUUGAGAAAAUCAUGAACAAUCUGAAUCUACCCAACCCCAAAAAAAUAGAUAUUUCAGUGCCUGCAAACUUGGUGUGCGGACUUCACGAUGUUUGAACAUUAUGAAGAAAUCCAGUGUGACAAGCAUAGCUUUUUUUAAGAAGACAAAUUAAUUUUAUGUUGUGUAUAGAGACAGAAAUUGCCUUUAAACUUCAUGCAGUGAUUGUAAUUGCAGUAAUGAACCCAUCUGAAUCAGGGUAAGUAGAAAAGAAUGUCAACAUUACUGAAAUAUCAAACUGUGCUGUUUUAUUUCUGGUCUCUAGUAAUUCUUGUCCACUUUGACAUAAAAAUAUUUCUGGAUUGCAUAACAAAUAUGCCAUAUAUCAUACUUAGAUCAGGCAAAUGACAAAAUAUCUCAUGGGUUGCAUUAAACAAAUGCUUUAUCAGAAAUCACUGAAAUGCUUCAGAUAAUUGUAAGUCCAAACAAAAUGGUAAAUGCUUGUGUAAUUUGCCAUAUUAAAACUUCUAUUACAUGUAAUGACAGAUUUUGUAUGAAAACUAUGAAAUAAUAUAUAAUUCUGUUUUUAAUAAAAGUGUUUGG